AUGGAGGUGCCCCUGGCCCAGAUAUGCCCCCAAGGGAAUCACGGAGCCCCCAGCCCAACCUUCGGCACGUCCCAGACCAUGGACUCGACCCGCAGGAGCUGCCAGGGCCUGGACUUUGUCCAGGUAUCGCCCCAGACCCCGGGGGCUGCCCCCACCCCAGCGCCAGUGGAGAGAGCUGAGGAGGUGCCCGGAGAAGGAGGCCUGACCCUGCAGGCCGAGGCCCGGGCUUGGUUCCAGAGGACCCAGGCCCACCAGCUCCUGCAGGACGGGGCCGCCCCUGCCUGGUUCCACGGCUUCAUCACCCGGAACAAGGCUCCGCCCCCUCUCUCUGACACCCACAGGGAGGCCGAGAGGCUGCUGGAGCCCAAGCCUCCUGGAUGCUACCUGGUGCGCUUCAGCGAGAGCGCCGUGACCUUCGUGCUGACGUACAGGAGCAGGACCUGCUGCCGCCACUUCCUGCUGGCCCAGCUUGCAGACGGGCGCCAUGUGGUCCUGGGCGAGGACAGCGCCCACACGCGGCUGCAGGACCUGCUGCAGCACUACACGGCCUGCCCACUCAGCCCCUACAGAGAGACCCUCACGGAACCCCUCGCCCGCCAGACUCCGGAGCCUGCGGGACUUUUCCUGAGGACUGAAGAGGCAGACUCUGGAGGCAAAAGCCAGGAUCCAGACCCCCAGUACAGCUCAAUCAUCAAGCAGGGGCAGGCCCCGGCCCCAACACGGACAGAGGGGGCCUGGGAGCCAAAGGAGCUCUGCCAGCCGCCCAGGCCCAAGCCUCCUGUGCCUGCCAAACCCCAGCCACCCCCAGAAGUCUACACAAGCCCCGCUCCGCGACCCCGCCCGGCCCUACCCCGCAAGCCCACCAACCCCAUCUACCACGAGCCUGAUGAGCCCAUAGCCUUCUACGCCAUGGGCCAGGGCAGCCCCAGGGAGGCCCCUGGCAACAUCUAUGAGGAGGUGGAAGUGCCAUCCACCGCGGCCGGGCACCCCAUGCUCCGGAAGUGCUGGUCCAGGCCGGUCCCGGGAGGCCAGAACCCAUGUGGCGGGCAGCUGCCAUCUGAGAGUGCCAUGGCUGGACAAGGCCCUCCCCUGCCCCAGCAGCCCCCGCUGCCCUGGAGGCACACCCUCCCCCACAACCUUUCUAGACAGGUGCUUCAGGACAGAGGACCCCUUGGGCCUCCUCAGUAG